AUGGUCCCUCCACCUCAGAUUGAGCAGGCGAUCCCUGCGCCCGCCGAUGACGUCAUUGACGAUUGGACGGGCCUGACAGACCCCGCUGAGAGGCGAAGACGCCAGAAUCGGAUUAAUCAGCGGGCCCGUCGUCGGCGCCAGCGUCAGGCAAGAAAGGAUGGGGAAUCUAAUAAUGCGGUCGACUCUCCGUCCACUACGGUCGUGCGCUCUGGGUCCCGUUCCUCUGAAGGAAGUGCCUCUGCAAGCUCGCCGUCAGACACAAAAGGCAAUAGCUGUCUACCACCGGGGCUUGUACGAAUGCUUUUCAUUCGAUUUGCUGAGAAAGCAUAUCAGAGCUAUAUGCUCGGAGAUCCCGCCUCCGAUCAACUUUUGACGCUCACAAAGGUCAAUGUCUUCCGAGCGUGUGGACAUAAUUUAAAAAGCAUCGGAUUCAAUAUGGAUGAUAUGACCGAUGACACGAUUUCACCUUUCAAUCUUGCCACAAGCCAGGAAGCAUUAUUAUCAAUCGACAUUACCGAUAUGCCACUUAGCCUUCGACCGACCAAGAUUCAACGAACGGUACCACAUCAUCCUUGGCUCGAUUUCUUCCCAUUACCGAAAAUGCGCGACAAUCUGAUCCAAGCGGGCGAUGGUUGGGAUGAUGAAGAGCUUUGUCAUGAUAUUAUGGGUUUCUGGAAUUCUCCCGAGGCUGGCGAUGCCGGGCUGCUGGUGUGGGGAGAGCCAUGGGAUGUGAAGAAUUGGGAGCUCACAGAGGCAUUCCUCAAGAAAUGGCAGUGGGUGGUGAGAGGGUGCCCUGAGCUGAUGAAUUCUACCAACGCAUGGCGAACGAAGCGUGGUGAAAAAUUGAUAUUCCGAUAUAUCUAA